AUGUGGAAGAUAACCAUAAAUGGUCCUCAAGUCCCUACAAAGGAUGGCGCUGGUGGUGUUGUCUCUCCCAAAGUCAAAGCAGAAUGGAAUGAAGAUGACAAAAGGAAAAGAAAACUAAAUGCUAAUGGUGUCAAUAUGCUGAACUGUGCAAUCAGCUUCGAGGAAUACCUGAAGGUUUCAAGAUGUAAAACAGCAAAGAAAAUCUGGAAUAAUCUUCAAGCCACACGUGAGGGUACCACACAAGUAAGAGAAACCAGAAUUGACAUGCUGAGCAAAGAGUAUAAGAUGUUCUCUAUGAAGGAAGGAGAAUCAAUUGAUGACAUGUUCGAGAUAUUCUUUAUCAUCAGUAAUAGAUUGGAAGUUAUGAGGAUUACUCAUUCCGAAUAG